AAAGUCCUCCUCUCUUUGCUCCCUCCCACUUCAUUCACUUGCAAAUCAGUGUGUGCCCACAAGAGCCAGCUCUCUGGAGCCGUAACCUUCCCAUCCCGAGAGCUGCAGUUCCAGCCACAGCAGCAAGAAGCACAGAGCCGGAGACCGUGGCGGAGGCAGGAGCAUCCUGGGCGAGUGGCAGGGUGUCCCCAGGAGCCGGAAGGCAAACCGAGGUACCCUCUGAAAGCCAAGCAAAGAACAUUAAGGAAGAAAGGAGGAAUGAGCCUGGAUUUGGUGCAGUGAAAAGAGGCAUAUUAAGGAAAGGGGAGUUCACUACCCAGACUCGACUGCCUGCCUUGCCAUCAUCAUGAGAACUUACCGGUACUUCUUGCUGCUCUUUUGGGUCGGCCAGCCCUACCCAACUUUCUCAAACCCAUUAUCUAAAAGGACUAGUGGCUUCCCAGCAAAGAGGAAGGCCCUGGAGCUCUCUGCAAACAGCAGGAAUGAGCUGAGCCGUUCGAAAAGGAGUUGGAUGUGGAAUCAGUUCUUCCUCCUGGAGGAGUACACGGGGUCCGAUUAUCAGUACGUGGGCAAGUUACAUUCAGACCAGGAUAGAGGAGAUGGAUCACUUAAAUAUAUCCUUUCAGGAGAUGGAGCGGGAGAUCUCUUCAUUAUCAAUGAGAACACAGGCGACAUACAGGCCACCAAGAGGCUGGACAGGGAAGAAAAACCUGUUUACAUCCUUCGAGCUCAAGCUGUCAACAGAAGGACAGGGAGACCCGUCGAGCCUGAGUCUGAAUUCAUCAUCAAGAUCCACGACAUCAAUGACAAUGAGCCAAUAUUCACCAAGGACGUUUACACAGCCACAGUCCCGGAGAUGGCUGAUGUUGGCACAUUUGUGGUCCAAGUCACGGCGACUGAUGCCGACGACCCAACAUAUGGGAACAGUGCUAAAGUCGUCUAUAGCAUCCUGCAGGGACAGCCCUACUUUUCAGUGGAAUCGGAAACAGGUAUCAUCAAGACAGCGUUGCUCAACAUGGAUCGAGAAAACAGAGAACAGUACCAAGUGGUGAUUCAGGCCAAGGACAUGGGCGGCCAGAUGGGAGGACUGUCGGGGACUACGACCGUGAACAUCACGCUGACAGAUGUCAAUGACAACCCACCCCGUUUCCCCCAGAGCACCUACCAGUUUAAGACCCCCGAGUCCUCUCCACCGGGAACGCCAAUUGGCAGGAUCAAAGCCAGUGAUGCUGAUGUGGGAGAAAACGCAGAGAUCGAGUACAGCAUCACCGAUGGUGAGGGACACGAGAUGUUUGAUGUCAUCACCGACCAGGAAACCCAGGAAGGGAUCAUAACUGUCAAAAAGCUCUUGGAUUUUGAGAAGAAGAAGGUGUACACCCUCAAGGUGGAAGCCUCCAAUCCCCACGUCGAACCCCGAUUUCUCUACCUGGGUCCCUUCAAAGACUCGGCCACGGUGAGAAUCGUGGUGGACGAUGUGGACGAACCUCCUGUCUUCAGCAAACUGGCCUACAUCCUACAGAUACGGGAGGAUGCCCGGAUAAACACAACCGUAGGCUCUGUCGCAGCUCAGGAUCCUGACGCCGCCAGGAAUCCUGUCAAGUAUUCUGUGGAUAGACACACAGAUAUGGACAGGAUAUUCAACAUUGAUUCUGGAAACGGUUCGAUUUUUACAUCAAAACUUCUCGACCGGGAAGCCCUGCUGUGGCACAACAUCACAGUGAUAGCCACGGAGAUUAAUAACCCAAAGCAAAGCAGCCGCGUUCCUCUAUAUAUUAAAGUUCUUGACGUCAACGACAAUGCCCCAGAAUUUGCUGAGUUCUAUGAAACUUUUGUCUGUGAAAAAGCAAAGGCGGAUCAGCUGAUUCAGACCCUGCGCGCUGUUGACAAGGAUGAUCCUUACAGUGGACACCAAUUUUCCUUCUCGUUGGCCCCAGAAGCAGCCAGUGGCUCAAACUUUACUAUACAAGACAACAAAGAUAACACUGCAGGGAUCCUAACUCGGAAAAAUGGCUAUAACAGACACGAGAUGAGCACCUAUCUCCUGCCUGUGGUCAUUUCAGACAACGACUACCCAGUCCAAAGCAGCACUGGGACAGUGACUGUCCGGGUCUGUGCAUGUGACCACCAUGGGAACAUGCAGUCCUGCCACGCCGAGGCCCUCAUCCACCCCACAGGGCUGAGCACAGGGGCUCUGGUGGCCAUCCUUCUGUGCAUCGUGAUCCUACUAGUGACAGUGGUGCUGUUCGCAGCUCUGAGGCGGCAGCGAAAGAAAGAGCCUUUGAUCAUUUCCAAAGAGGACAUCAGAGAUAACAUUGUCAGUUACAACGACGAAGGUGGCGGAGAGGAAGACACCCAGGCCUUUGAUAUCGGAACCCUGAGGAACCCUGAAGCCAUGGAGGACAGCAAAUCGCGCAGGGACAUUGUGCCUGAAGCUCUUUUUCUACCCCGGCGGACUCCAACAGCUCGUGACAACACGGAUGUCAGAGAUUUCAUUAACCAAAGGUUAAAGGAAAAUGACACGGACCCAACAGCCCCUCCCUACGACUCCUUGGCCACCUAUGCCUACGAAGGCACCGGCUCUGUGGCCGACUCCCUGAGCUCGCUGGAAUCUGUGACCACAGAUGGAGACCAAGAUUAUGACUAUUUGAGUGACUGGGGCCCUCGGUUCAAAAAGCUGGCAGAUAUGUAUGGAGGGAUGGACAGUGACAAAGACUCCUAAUCGAUUGCCUUUUUCAUUUUCCAAUAUGACACUGGACUGUGUGACGUGGCUAGUCCUUUCUAUUUAUCCACUAUUCCGUGAGGGGUUCUCCCGUUGUACCUGGUCCAAAAGUCAAUGGCUGCAGUCCGUGUGGAUCCAAUGGUAGAGACUUUUUUCUAGUACACUUUUAUGAGCUUCCAAGAGGCAAAUUUUUAUUUUUUAGUUCAUGCAGUUAACCAAGUUAGCCCAGCAGACACACGGAGGGAGGAGAGGCAGGAACGGCCCUUGUCCCCUUAGAGCCGGUUGGCCACAUCCCUUACUGCUGGCCUAGACUCUACUACUUCCUUCAUAGCCUCCAGUCAGCUGAAUGUUCCUACUGUACAUUUCACAUGUUAAUGGAAGAAGGGGUCAUUUUAAUGAUAAAAAUAUAGUUUUAGCAUUUAAAAAGGGGGUUAACAAUUGGGAAAUUGUUCCUGGUCUAUCAGCUCUCAAGGAGAUAAUUAGCUUUGGAGGGGUUUGUAAGGAUGUGUGUGUGUGUCAAGGAAUUAAAGUGGUAUCUGGGGCAUCCUGUCUGUGCUGGGAAAGGUGUUCCUAGCACCAACACCCACCCAUAACAUCAAAUCCUUCCGUGUUUUAAGAUGAUUUAGGAGCAAAUCAAAUGGCAUCGUUCAAAGACAGUAAUGAAAGGCGAAGAAGGUGUGUUCCCUGACACGAUUUGGUUGCAUGUGAUAAACAUAGAAGGUUCACCAUCACACCAAACCAAGGGAAAAGAUAAAUAGCUUUACAAAAAAAAAAAUAGUUAACAAAGGACAUAUUUAGGGAAUUUCAAGGUUUUAUGCCACCAAGUAUCUCGGUUCCCUUCAUUCUUUCAACUAUCAGGAAUCUAAUGAGAAGUAGGUCUAAUCCUAUAAAUGCCCUGGAGAGAAUUUCCUGAGGCAAAUGUUAACUCUUCGUAGUGUGGUUGCUAUUAUCCUCCUGUACCUGAGUGUAGAAGUGUGAAGUACAAUAAUUCAUAUUCUUCAAAUACUUCUUUUAUAUAAUUAACCUGACUUAGUGCGGCUUAGGAGAUUGAAUACCCCACUCUAGAGUUCAAGGGGAAGGUGAGAGCCAGUCACAUUUGAACCUAACCCUUUGACCUCAGAGCCAUCACAUCCCUACACUGCAGCAAGGGAAAGAAAUGACUAGCACUGAGAUGUUGGUGGAAGCCAGUAUUCCCUGCUCCUACAAGGCUCACCGAAGAAGAGCAUGGAUCCCCUUCAGCAAGAAUGCUUAAGACUCGUGUCACAGGGACAGUCAAUUUCCAAACGCAGCCAUGUUUUCCCAACUGGCUUCGGUAGCAACACUACCAUCCUUGUCUUUGAAAUGAUGAUAAAGUAUUAGUCUCAACUAUGACAGAAAUGUAAUAUAAAAUCCAUCCAAUCUAUUAUUGCUCUAAUUAUGCAGUUAGGCUCUCUUAGUCAAUUAUUAUCCAGGGGACCCAACUGAACCCAGUUAAUCCUUCUGGCAGGUUCAAAUCAUUUAUUUCAUAUGACCGUCCUAAUGACUCUCCCCAUUAGAUUCUCAUAGUGUGCAGUCAUCAGAAAUUUCCAAAGUACUGUAAUGAAAACAUCCUCAUUUGAAAACUUAAAAAAAAAAGGCUCUGUACAUACAUAUAUAAUAUAUACUUAAGAAUGUGCUGAUUUCUCUUAAUAGUCAUAGGAAUUUAUUUUCAAUUAAUGUUCAUUUUAUAGAGAUAAUCUUAGUAUCCUUUCCAUUUCAGGGUGAGGUUUUAUCAACACAUUUUCUGUUUAGAAACACACUAUUGUUUAGUUGACUUUUAAAUAGAUGUGUUACCCAGGUAGGAAAGGUGGCACCUGUGGAACAGGAGAACUGCGGAAUUUGGAAUACAGUUUAAAAUAUAUAUAUAUACAUAUAUAUAUAUAAAUAUAUAUAUAUAUAUACGUAUAUAUAUAUAUAUAUAUUUACAACCACAUUGCCCUCUGUAUUUCCCGAAUGGUUUCCUGUUUGUGAUGGGAUGUCCCGAACACUGAUGAGUAUUUCAUGCUUAGGCUAUUUCCAGCUUUUAGGUUUUAUUUUUCUAAUUCUUCAUACACACGCACACACACACACACAGGAACACAAACAAAUGCUACAAGAUGGCUUCACUGAAUGUAUUCCAUUCGCAGGUAAGUAAUGAAAAAAGAUAGCCAAGGAAGAUGAAUAAGAGUUGCUAAGAAUCACAAGAACGGCACUUUACACGGUUUACUGUAAAAUUGGAGUGCUCUACCUUAUAUCUUACAUUAUGUGACAAAUUGAACCAAGAAACGUAGUUCUUAAAAAGAAAGGUAUUAUCUAAAGUUGCCCUUCUGAGCUUCUGGUGUGAAGUUUGGUGUUAAAUUUCCAAGGGCUGACAAGAGCAAUCUCCAACCUUUUGGGAUAAAGGUGACCUCUCCUCUGAGUGCAAGUGUUCCUUGAAAGGAAGUCGCAUUGUCAGCAAGGUAAUUGGUCAAAGUAUUUUUUAUCUCACCCUGAAAAACUCACACAUCAUACCAAGAAUAGAUGACUAUGACUCAAUAUUGAAAUAACUGUUUAUUGUCUUAUCACAAAGAUUGUUGGGGAAGCAAAUCUGCAAAGAAACUGAACUAUUUGAGUCCUGUAGGUGUCAAGUUCAGAGAAACUCUUGCCUCUAAGAAUCAUCACACAGCAAAUGGGAACUCCAGCUUCAUCUCUCUCUGAAUUUCUGCUUCCCACCAAAAUACCAGGUUAAGAACCUCCCCACGGACAGAUUUCUUUGAGUAUUGAGUCCUGAGCCAACUUGAAAUGCCGUUCUGGGGGGAAGGGGGGGACACAGUUUUCAGCCCAGUUUUCAUAAUAUUUGUUUCUUGAUUUACAGACACAGGCAAUGAGAAUGACAAGAGAGUGGGAGGGGGCCACCUUUAAUAUUUGCCCUGUUGAACAUAAGCAGACUGGGCAGUAAUACAAGGUUGUUUCAAGAGCACUGAGGCCUGUCUAACUUUAAACCUCUUUUCGACAGAAAGAGGGUCUUUAAACCUCUUAUGAUGCUUCCUAGAAUAAGCUGAGAUUUUAAAGAACAUUAAGCCAUUGUGCAUUAGGUUAAAAUUCCCUCACUAUCUGCUUUCUUCAGAAAAAUCUGAAAACAUUUGUCCUCAAAUAAGUAAAUAAAUCAAACGGGAAAGAUGUGCAGACCAUUUCAUGAGACCCUAGGAGUGGAAAUCUGGGCAUUGUAAAUGCGACUUCCCUACGUUCACAUUCUGGAGGUUUGGCUAGAGAGUCACUCUAUUUUCAGAUGGAACAAAGCUGGUGAUUUCAUUUUAAUUCAGGAUAAAAAUACAUGGCUUAGUUCUCAUUUCCACUCCUCAAAGUUAUUAUACAAGAAACUGACUCUGGAUCUCAGAAGAUCCAAGUUUUGAGGAGCCAAAAUAACUUCGUAAUGUUUCCAUUAUGUAAUCUGUGUGUCUCAUGAACAAUAUUCUAUGUAGAGUGCUUUAUCUUGGAAGCAGGUAUUUCCUAGAGGAAAAGGAUUUAUCAACAAGGCAUUCUGAGAUUCUGCAGCCCUGAGCACCAUAGAAACAUAACAGCAAAAAAGAAAAAACAGAGUUGAUUCCUAGGUGCAAGCUAAAUAUUUGAAUGAGGUGCUUAUUCUAAUCAAAUAAAUGCCUUUUCUUCAUGAAUACAGCCACCAAAUAAAUUCUCUUAGCCCCCAAAUACUAUGUUUGAAGUAGCAUAACAACUUUGGAAAACCACUCUAAAAAGUAAAAAUAUCUGCUAUUUUAAAAGACAGGCUCCAUUUUGUUUUUUUAAAAAAAUCAUUUUGGUGUAAUUUUAUUUUUUACUCUAUUUAGAUGAAAUCAUUUUUGAAUUGUUACAUUGUGGAAGGGGGGCCAGGAUACAGGCAGUUUACGGUAUUUAAACUAACACUCCACCCAACCUUCUUCCUCAGAUUAUACAAGCAGAAAGAUUAAUAACUAGUGUGGCCAUUUUCAGGAAGAUGGGUUGUAUCUUGAGCUCUGACAAGCGUGUUUUCUUUGCCAGAGAGGGGAAUUACAUUGUGGUCUCCUCAGAGUUCAGUGACGAUCAUGGUUGCAGAGUUUUAAAUCUUCCUUUGACGUCUUUACAGAAUAAUUUUCAAAAGGGAUAAUUCUCUACUGAAAAUACCAGACCCUGACAAUAUUUAAUGUAAAGAGCAAUACCCUGUUAGGAAGCAAAUACAUUGGCUCACAGACUUGUUAAAAGUUAAUAAAGAAAUAGCUCAUUUUUAAAGCCAGGAGUUUAUGGUCUCUGCAUCAUCGAUUUAAUUUAAGCAUUGCUGAGACAAUCUUUAAUCUCCCCAUUUUGUAAUACCUUAUUUAUGGUGCAUUCUCAUUUUUUAAUUUGGGGGGAACGUUAGCCUGCCAGAGCCACCAGAUGAAAGUGUUAAGAGGAGGUCAAACGGAAACAAAGGCCAUUACCCGCCAUAUUUCAGACAAGACUAGGGCACUUAGCCGAGGAGACACCCGGUUAUUAGAUUAAUUUCAAAAGACCUUUUACAAGUUGCUUAAUUCCAUUAAAAGAAAAAGAAGAAGAAAAAAACCCUUGGAUCACAAACUCAAAUGUCCUUUCACAUGAGGUUAUUUGACAAAUGAGAAAUGGACUCAGUGUUGUAGAAAAAGCAUCCCGCUGUAAUGAGAUCUUGGUCUUUCGUGUGAGGCUAUGCUACUACUUAUGUAAAUAUAUCUGGCGCACCUUCUGUAAGCUUUUAGUUUUCUAUGAUCUAUUAGUUUAGUGUUUAUUAUAAAAUAAAAUAAAAAACCCAUAUGUAGAAUCACUCGGCACUCACGGGGAAUGCUUGUACAACAAACGUCCAAUAGAUCUGCUCAGAAGAAACGCAGGAACACUUCAAACCCACUGUGCUGUUCUGUUUGCAAUUAUUCUUACUGCUUUGAAAGGAAGCCGCAUCAGAAUAGGCCUUGUAAUAAGCGCCGUGUGAGUCUUCUCUAAUACCAAGCUAAGGCCGUUUGGCGUUCUCCUACUGUGACUUGUGAUUUCUAAACCAAGAAAAUAAAGGCUUUCUGGUUAUCGACUGUACUUACUUAAAAAAUAAUUCAAGUAUAAACUGAAGCUUAUGCCACCCUUUGAAGACCUACUGGCCGGAGUCCUCUAUCCGUUCGUGUCUUCAGCAAGAUGAACGAACGAGAGGAUGGAAACAAUUGGGCUGGCUUCCAUCCUCGCGCCUAGUUCGGCAACUCGCUGUAGCCUUACGCAUUACGUGGCAAAGUUUUCUGUGUUUGGAGAAUGAGGUAGCUCAGUGUGGCUGGGCCUUCUGUUGUAGUCAAAUGAGAGAUAACACCACUCCUUGACAUGGCUUCUUUUAUUUGGUUUUCUUUUCUUAGUCUUAUAAAUUUGAAAAGGAUGCAACUUUAAAAAAGUGAUUUCUCACAAAGAGUAAAUAUGCCUUUUGCAAAUCAA